AUCAUUUUUCAACAGCUGUAACACAAACGAAGAAGAAAACCGGAAGUGUACUCCUGCUGGCGAUAACGUUAGCUAAAGCUACGGUGGUGUCAUCGUCUUAACGGUUUGGGGUUUGACAACAGAAACAGUAUCCGUAUUUCGUGUCUAGCCACGAAUACCUACUUUCACUGGGGUCUCUGAAGAGAUGAACAACAACGGGAAUAAGAGAGCUCCAACCACAGCCACUCAGCGUCUUAAGCAGGAUUACCUCAGGAUAAAGAAAGACCCUGUGCCUUACAUCUGUGCAGAACCUCUCCCCUCCAACAUCCUAGAAUGGCACUAUGUAGUCAGAGGUCCUGAGAAAACUCCAUAUGAAGGAGGAUAUUACCAUGGAAAACUUAUAUUUCCUCGUGAAUUUCCUUUUAAACCACCAAGUAUCUAUAUGAUAACACCAAAUGGGAGAUUUAAGUGCAAUACAAGGUUAUGUUUGUCCAUCACAGACUUCCAUCCAGACACAUGGAACCCUGCGUGGUCUGUCUCCACCAUCCUCACAGGUCUGCUCAGCUUCAUGGUGGAGAAAGGCCCCACCCUUGGCAGCAUUGAGACCUCUGACUACACAAAAAGACAGCUGUCAGCCCAAAGCCUGGCCUUUAACCUCAAGGAUAAGGUGUUCUGUGAGCUGUUUCCUGAUGUAGUCGAUGAGAUGAAGCAGAAACAGAAGGCCCAAGAGGAGUUAAGCGCCCGGACUCAGCCCCUCCCCUUACCCGAUGUGGUGCCUGACGGUGACCCUCAGCACGCCCACUAUGGCCUCCCCGCCCUCAACGGAGGUCCCGUCCCACUUGGGGGCGCCAACCCUGCCCCUGGCCUGCAACAGGCCAACCGCAACCAUGGACUUCUUGGUGGUGCUCUAGCCAACCUGUUUGUGAUUGUAGGCUUUGCGGCGUUCGCCUACACAGUGAAGUACGUGCUGAGGAGCAUAGCCCAGGAGUGAGAGAAGCUGGUGUUGUAGGGUGAUGCUCCCCCCCUGCAGGUGAGCCAGCUAGUGGACUCAACAUUCUUACAAACACACUACGUGGGGGAGGGAGGUUCAGUCCUGGGUUAAACCCCUCCACGACCACUACCACCACAACCACCACCACCAUGGACUUUGGAAGAUGGAAAAUCAAAGCCGAUCCACCCGGGAAGGAUUGAGAGGAGGAGGUAGGGGAAGAGGGUGGGAGUGGCAGUAGUGCCAGGGGAUUGGAGGGGCUAAUUAAAACGGUUGUGAUCCACUCUGUGCUUCAGUGGUUUAUGUCAGCAGCGGCUCAUGGGUUGUGGAAGAGUGUAGAACUAAAGACGUGCAAAUGGUUUACAGUGUGUUGCACCGUGCUGGUGGCAGGUCACAACAGAAGUGUGCUUUACUGAGGUGUAUUAAAAUGCACCAUCCUUCUCCUGUCAUCACUGUCAUGAACUUUACAGAUUAAAAACUUGUUUCUUAAACAGUUAAGCAGGCAUCCCCUGUCCAUCACCAAAAAGUAAUUUCCUUUCCCAGUCAUUCAUCAGAUGAAAGCGACUCCUCGGGGUGGGACCUGAUGCUGUUCCAGCCCCAGAGGUUGUCAAAGUCAAGAGAGAAGGAGUGCUAUACAGGACAUUGGUGUGGUUCUCCUCAUUAAUGUGGUGCAUUUGAAGCGUCCUCAGCUUAAUUUGAAUAACUGUUUUUGGCAUUCCUUAUAUUACCUAAGGGCAUCAGGUUUCCAUUAAUAGGCAGCUGCAGUACAAGAACCAGUUUUUACUUUCAGUUCAACCUUUUGUUCGGGCGUUGUGUUAGGAAUGUGUCUCUGAGUUUUCCUAUGUGCUAAGAACAUUUUGUGAUGAAACGGAACAUCAUGGUAAACCCACUUCCUGGUCCUUAAUGAGCAUCAGCGAAGGGUAGCAGGAAGCAGGAAAAGAAAGAUAACAAUCAAAAGAAAAAACAUAAAAAAGUACCAAACCUCAUACACUUGUCAGUACUUCAGUAUCUUGUCAGUAGUGGAUCUACCUUACACCCGAUGAUGCAUCACAGGCUGAGCAAAUAACCUGUGAAGAAACAGGUAAAGAAGUCCAGACAUUUUCUUCUGUCAACCCAUGAGCCAAGCAGUGACCCCAGUGUCUGCACAGCAGCAAAUAAAGCCCUGUACCUAUUUUUUUUUUAUUGGCUUAGCUGACCAGUAUAGCACCAAUCUACAUAGGUCCAAGGAAGAAGACACAUCAAGAGAACCAUUAUUUUGUUUCUGUACAUUAUUUUUUUUUGAUAUAUUUUUUUGUUCUUUGUGUUUCAUUGUCUUUAUUUAUAGAAAGGGGCCCCAGCUUGUCAUGGUUCUGAAGAAGUGGCAAGUGUUUGCUAAGCAGGGCAGGCAAAUACCCAGAGGCAGGGCUCGGCCCGGGCUCACAUAAUUACUGAUGAUUUACUGUUGUGCAUUGCGUUUUAGUCAAGGUGGUUCUAAUGUGUAUCUAAUGUUUCAACAGAAAAAUGAUUGGAAAGCAGAAGAUUUGUCUUUCUAUUGCUCUUUUCUUGGCACCAUCUUUAAAAAAAAAAAAAAGAAAAAAAAGAAGACAAACUGCUGAUGAUGGGAGUGGGUUUGUGUAAUUAUACAGCAAAUGCCCAAAUUUCCAUGCUUCAGUUAAUCUUGUGUGACAUUGUAUGUUUUCAUAGUAAAUGCAAAUAAAUCACCCUGCUCGGCAGGGCAUUUUAGAAA